CUUGACAAGGUCAAGGUGAGAGACUGUCCAGUAAAAUGGCCGAUAAUUUCCAGCUGUUGACAUUAUUAGGAACGGGAACAUUUGGAGAGGCAUGGAUUGCAAAGUCAAGAAAACAUGAAAUGAGAUGUGUGGUGAAAGUGAUAAAUAUUCUCCGAUUAUCCGAGCGGGAACUUGACCAGGCUUUGACCGAAGUAUCCGUUCUGGGGCGAAUGCACCAUGUGAAUAUUGUGCGGUAUUUGGACGCCUAUGUUCACGACGGGGCUUUAAAUAUUGCAAUGGAAUAUGCUGAUGGUGGUGAUCUUCAUAAGAAGAUUUGUGACCAAAAAGGAGUUUCGUUCAACAAAGAGGUGAUCAUGGAUUGGUUUGUUCAGAUGUGCAUGGCACUUCAGUACAUCCACAAACAGAACAUACUACACAGAGAUCUAAAGUCUCAGAACAUAUUUUUAACCUCAAAAUCCAUUGUAAAAGUUGGAGACUUUGGAAUAGCUCGAGUACUCAAGGACAGUUCGGAUUUGGCUGUGACCACCAUAGGUACACCCUUCUAUCUCAGUCCAGAAAUAUGCCAGAAAAAGCCCUAUAACCACAAGAGUGACAUGUGGGCCCUGGGCUGUGUCUUGUAUGAGAUGUGUUGUCUGAGUGUACCAUUUAAUGCUGAAGAUCUACAGGAACUCAUCUUAAAAAUCCUGCAGGAAAAUUACAAAGCUAUUCCAAGAUUUUUGGGAUCAACCUUGAGUCUUCUGAUUAAAAAGCUCCUAGAUAAAAACCCUGAGAAUCGUCCCUCAGCAGAUUAUAUCCUGUCUCUGUCUGCACUUAAACCAUAUAUACAGAAACAUGACCCAAAGAGCCGACAACUCAGACAGCUUCAGUCAAAGGAGCGACGAUUUAGUCUCCCAAACAUACCAACAAAGCAUAAGGAAGAAAAAGAAAGAAAAAACAGCAUAGCUUCAGUCGACAAAGAAAAUUUGGACCCAAAGAUGGCAGGAAAGACAUACUUGGUUAAGAACCCAAAAUUUAAGCAACUGGCAAAUACUCCAAAUAUCUCACAUAUUGUGGCCAAGCAAAGGAAGAGGCAAUCUGACAGUCAGGAAGAGUCCAUUUCAAGGGCAGCUCUGUUCUGCAGAGUGGAAAGAAGUUCAUCCAACACUAACACUGAAAACAAGCCAGUGAUUGAAAGAAAAAAAUCCACAAAAAAUGUUGAUUUCCAAACUGAUAUCAACAAUAAAGAAAACUGGCAGUCUAAUGAUAUAAUACCCAGACAGAAACUUGAAAAAAGAGAUCAGGAUUCAAGAAGACAACAAAGUGUUGAAUCAUGUGAAAACAUUGGCAAACCACCAUCAGGACGCAAAAGUCUGGAUUCCAAGCCUCAGAGUCUUCAAGCAUUUCAGAAGGAAGGAGGUAAUAAUUUCAGAGGACACGCAGCAGAGUCCAAUCAGAUGAAGAGAGUUAACAGUGAGAGGAGAAGCUCUGGGAUACACAGCAGUGAAUGUCAGGCAAAACCAAGGUUUAAGACUCCUAGCAUGGAACACAGAACCUCUGACAGAAGACCUACUCCUAUUGGGUCUGAAAGUUCAAGUGUGACCAAAAAACUUUUCUCAAGACACAAAUACCCAUCAUGCCGUGCCAGUAAUGAUGAACCUGACCAAUCAGAAACAGAAAAUGAAGUAUUUUUGGAUCAGGGUGUAACUGAAAGUGAAAUCAAACCUACAACUGUUGCUGACAAUAUCAACAGCCCCAAGAAAGUAAGAAGAUCAAGUUCCUAUGACUGUGUAUUUGUGGACAAAAAACAGAACCAUAAUGACGGUUCAAUCCCAAGAGCAAAGUCAGCAGGAAGCAUCAAAAGGCUGUCGACAGAUGGAUAUACCUACAAUAUCUCAUCAUCUCUUAUGCCUUCAGGGAACAAAGAUACAGACCAAGGCAAAAUGGACUUCAAUCAGGAAUUGUUGAAUAGUGUACCAAGUAUCUUAUAUAACUCUGUGUGUAGCUUUAUAACAGACAGGAGUAAGGGAAUAGAGUUUUUGUCUGCAGUAAUUAUCAGGGCUUUUGGGAAGAGAGAAGCAGAUAAGUACAUCAGCAAAAUAACAGAGAGCAUGAUUGAACAAAAACCCUUCCAGGAAGUAGAACGGAUCAUUCCAGAAAAUAAGAGGGAAUUUCUUCCCCUUGUGUUGUGUUACAUACAAAUGUCAUAUUGAUGCUGAAUUAAUAUUCCCUGCAGUUUACACAGGGCACAAAAU